AUGCAGCCUGAAUCCAGCCAGUGUGAAGAGGAGACCCCUUCCCUCUUGUGGGGUUUGGAUCCUGUGUUUCUAGCCUUUGCAAAACUCUACAUCGGAGAUAUCCUGGACUUGAAGGAGUCCCGCCAGGUACCAGGUGUAUUUUUCUACAAUGGGCACCCAAUAAAGCAGGUAGAGAUCUUGGGAACUGUAAUUGGAAGGAGAGAAAAAGAUGCUUUCUUCACUUAUGGAGUGGAUGACAGCACUGGAGUUAUAAAUUGCAUCUGCUGGAAAAAGUCGAACAAUACCGAGUCUUCAUCAGCCCCAUCCAGUGCAGGGGAGCUGAACUUAACCUCACAGCUUAAGAAGCUGCAAGACACCAUUGAGCGGAAGACAAAGAUAGAAAUUGGGGACGUUAUCCAGAUCAGAGGUUAUGUCCACACAUACAGAGAGGAACGAGAGAUUCGUGUCACUACUUAUUAUAAAGUGGAAGAUCCCAUGUGUAACAUUCAAAUCGCGAGGAUGCUUGAGCUGCCCAGUAUCUACAGGAAAGUUUAUGACCAGCCUUUCCGCAGUCCAGCCCUAGAGCAAGAAAGCAGCGAUCCAGGUGCCCUGGACCUUGCCAAUCUCACGUGUUUGCUGAGUGAAAGAGCCAAAGAAUUCCUCGUGGAGAACAAAGUGCAAACCUUUUACCAGCAGGAAUUAGAAAUUGUGGAAUCUCUGCUGUCCCUUGCCAAUCAGCCUGUGAUUCACAGCGCCGGCUCUGAGCAGGGGGAUUCUAAGAAUGACACCACUUCCAAGGCAAUUCAUAGUAUAUUUAAGAAUGCAAUACAGCUGCUGCAGGAAAAAGGAUUUGUUUUCCAGAAAGAUGAUGGUUUUGAUAAGCUAUACUAUGUAACCAGAGAAGACAAAGAACUGCACAGAAAGAUCCACCAUAUCAUUCAAGAAGACUGCCAGAAACCAAAUCAUGCAGAGAAGGGCUGCCACUUUCAGCACAUCUUGGCCUGUGCUCGCCUAAGUGUCAGCCCAGACCUGAGUGAAGGUGUGCUGCAGCAGGUGCUGGAGCUCCUGGAGGACCAGAGUGACAUCGUCAGCACCACGGAGCACUACUACACUGCCUUCUGA